UAUUGAUAUAAAAUACUGGAUGCAGAGGUCUGACCCUUGAACUCUUGUUCUUUCAUGUGUUUUCUUUCUUGCCUCUCUCUCUCUAUCUCUCUCUCUCUCCCUCUCUGUCAGACCAGACAGUGUUUACUUAGUGCAGGCCUUCACAAGGUGUUUUGGAGCGUGUGUGUACAUGCUCCCCGGCAUUGCCGUCUAUGUCCGGGCAUGCCAUAAUUAGAACGUCGUACCAUUUUUUGGGUUCCCAUCCUUCUUUCCCUCUCUCCUUCUCUCCCCUUGUCUCAGUCUAUCGUUUCUCUCUCUCCACGCCAGUCCUCACCUUUCUCCCUGUCCUUGGCUGUCCAUGUGUCUGUGUGUGAGUGAGUGAUUGUGUGUGUGUGAGAGUGUGCUGUGCGCCCACUGAUGCACACAUCGCUUGAACUCUGUGGUUAGGCUAUGGUCCUGCACUCUCUUUGCUUUACUGUGUUUGGACGUUUCUGACUGAAGAGUUGACAAAUGAGACCAAAGCACUAGAGGAUGUACUACGUGAAAAAGAAGUCCCAGUACAACUUGCUGAGCAGCAGCAUGGAGAGCCUGGGGAGCCGUGCGACGUCCGCCAGCCCCUACAGCUCCGAGAACGCCUCUUCAUCGGCCGUGCCCACCCCCUCUCCCUACUCCCAGCCCAACUCCACCUUCGAGGGCCUGUCGCCUGCCCCAGCCAUCCCCUCCAACACCGACUACCCCGGACCGCACACCUUCCAGGUGUCCUUCCAGCAGUCCAGCACCGCCAAGUCUGCCACAUGGACCUACUCACCCUUGUUGAAGAAGCUCUACUGUCAGAUUGCCAAGACCUGUCCAAUCCAGAUCAAACUGUCCUCCUCUCCUCCACAUGGCAGCAUCAUCAGAGCCAUGCCCGUCUACAAGAAGGCGGAGCAUGUCACAGAAGUGGUCAAACGUUGCCCCAAUCAUGAACUGGGGCGAGAUUUCAAUGAUGGUCAAACAGCCCCAGCCAGUCACCUGAUCCGAGUGGAGGGGAAUAACCUCUGUCAGUAUGUGGAUGAUCCUGUCACUGGCCGGCAGAGUGUCUUCGUGCCCUAUGAGGCUCCACAGGUGGGGACUGAGUUUACCACCAUCCUGUACAACUUUAUGUGCAACAGCAGCUGUGUGGGUGGCAUGAACAGGAGACCCAUCCUCAUCAUCAUCACUUUGGAGACCAGAGAUGGUCAAGUCUUGGGCAGGAGGUCGUUUGAAGGUCGGAUAUGUGCGUGCCCCGGCAGAGACCGCAAAGCUGAUGAGGACCAUUUCAGGGAACAACAGGCCCUGAAUGAGAGUGUGGCCAAAAAUGGUAGCGCCAGCAAACGCAACUUUAAACAGAGUCCGCCAAAUAUUCCUAGCCCAAAUAUUAACAUGAGGAAGAGGCGGCAUGGAGAAGAAGAGAUUUACUAUAUUCCUGUUCGUGGAAGGGAGAACUUUGAGCUGCUGAUGAAGAUUAAAGACAGUUUGGAGCUGGUGGAGCUGGUGCCGCAGCCACUAGUGGACUCCUACAGACAACAAACACAGCAGCAACUGCUGCAGAGACCGAGUCAUAUAGCAUCCCCCUCCUGUUACUCUCCGCUGUCCAACAUGAACAAGCUUCAUGGCCACGGAGGCCUCAGCAAACCGCCCUCAGUCAACCAGCUGGUGGGGCAGCAGCCCCAGCAACACCACACUGCCCCCACCUCCAUACCUCAUAUGGGUUCAAACAUGCUCAACAGCCACCACAUGCAGGCCAAUGGCGAUAUGAACGGUGGCCACAGCAGUCAGACUAUAGUGUCUGCUUCCCACUGCAGCCCGCCCCCUCCGUAUAACCCUGACCCCAGCCUUGUCAGUUUUCUUACCAGUCUGGGCUGUCAGAACUUCAUUGAGUACUUCACCUCCCAAGGCCUCCAGACUGUCUACCAUCUUCAGACUCUCUCCAUGGAGGAUUUAGGAGCACUGAAGAUACCAGAGCAGUCCCGCCUUGCCAUCUGGCGAGGUCUGCAGGACAUGAAACAAGGUGCUCCCAUCCAAUUGCCCACCUCUUCGCAUCACCAUGACUAUCAUGGCCAGCAGCUUCUUCGCUCCAGCAGCAACAUGGCUGCCUCUGCGAUGGCGGCUAUUGGGGCUGCUGGUGGGGAACUGCAGCGUCAGCGCGUCAUGGAGGCUGUGCACUUUCGUGUCCGCCACACCAUCACUAUCCCCAACAGGUCAGGUGUUGUUGGGACAUCAGGGAUGGCAACAGCUGCUGAUGAGUGGGCUGACUUUGGAUUUGACAUGCCCGAUUGCAAGAUGUCUCGUAGCAAGCACUCCAUCAAAGAGGAGUUUAUGGAAAGUGAUGUCCACUGAGCCCAAAAAGAAUCUUGUGACUGUUUUAGCAACAUUUUUGUCACAAUCAACCCAUUUACAGAGUAAAAGCACAUGGAUACGGUCUUUAAAUGUACUAUUACUUUUGUUUUAAAUGUGGGACAUUUUCACCAUAUUAAUGCACUUUCCCGUGCACUCUUUGUUUUGCAUUUUGUGCUUGAACACUUGUUCCAUCCAGAAGAUUGAACACAAGACACCACAAAGGACGUCUCAAGUCUACAUAGCAAGUACCAGUGUGAUGACACCUUUGUCAAAGCAAUGCUAAUGAAAACACACAUGGUCUGGACUGUACUUUAUGAGACUCUAACAAGUCCAUGUUCAAAGAGGGUGAUAUCAAUUAUUCUGGUGAGUGGGAUGUUGUUUGGUCUCACAGUGCAAUAAUAGAUGAUAAUAGAUUUUUUAACAGCAUUAAUUUAGAUUUAUGAUGAACAUCAAGUGUAGCAAUAUUACAGUUGCACAAUUGUCAUAGUAGACAUACGACCACUUCACAGCUUUCAAGUUUCAAUUCUGUUUUUGGGUCAUAAGAUUAGUUCUCAGCUGAUUUAUUUAUUGUUCUUUUAGUUUUCCCUCACUUGUACAAAUGUAUAUACUGUAUCUUGUAAAUGUUUUAGACUAGAUGUGGUUGAAAAGGGGUAUAUAGUUUCAAAAUGGUGUAUCUCCUGUUUGAACCAAAUGUAUAGAGUUGAAUGGUAGAUCAAACUCACAUCGAAACUCAGUUACUGGAACACAGUCAUGUAUAUUUUUAAUGGUCAUGAUAAUGUGAUGACUUCUAGUGCAGUGUGCCCUUAUCAUUUGAUUUUUGAUGGGCUUUAGUAUAAAGAGUGUGUAUUCAUGAAAACUCCCUAUGGAAAUCAAAGUCAACAAGUAAGAGUUGGACAUUGCAUCCAUUACCUUUUUUUUUACCAUGGGAAAUACUAUGUUAAGUCUUCUGAGAGACAAAAGAUCGGAAACAGUAUUAUAUCUCAAUAGUAGGGAUUUAAUUAGAAUUAACAGUAAUAAAUUAAGAAUGCCAUCCCUAUUUAUCAAGACAGUAGACAAGACAGUAGCAUUUUUCAUCCUUCUCUGUGUGUAUUUUGAAAAACCUUGCAGGGCAAGGUCCUCAUAUAUUGAUUAUAGCUAGCUGUGUAACUAGUAUGUAUCUUCAUGGCACUUGUUUGUGGAUAUUUAAUAGCAACAUUCCAGUUAUAUUCCUAGAUUGCCAUCCAGCACAAUUAAUCAUGGUGCAACUUUAGUAUGGUGUCAAAUUUGUUGGUAGUAAGUUCUUGACUUUGUACCAUGAAAAUAACUUGUACUUGAUUUUCUCUAAGACCCUCUUACUUACAGAGACACACAUACUUUAACCCACUAACCACCAACUGGUCAAAGAAAGAGCACUUUAAUGCUUUAAAAGUGAAAUAAUUUAGGAUUAUUUGUGCUUAUGAUCAGUAUUAUGUAUUACCAUACUGUAAAUAUAAGUGCUUUGUUUUUAUAUCCCUGAUAAGUUUUUUUCUUUCUUUUCUUUUUUAAUCAGUUUUAUGAAGAUUAUUAAGAUGUGUACCUUUGUAACUAUUGUUGUUCAUCAAUGUCCAUUAGUUUCUGAGGUUGUUAUGGUCAGUGUUUUUUCUUAAAAUUGUGGAUAUUAAAAUAUUUGCCUUCC